AAAGUUACUGAAUGUCGGAAUUGCACUAUGCGAAAGAGUAAAGAAAUGCAAAUCGACAACCUCAAACAUUAGGCGACGACAACUUUCAUCUGAUCCACGUGUCAAAAACACACACCAAAAGCAACGGCAACGAUUCGUAUAGAUGAACUUCUUUUGACCAAGCCGAACCGAUUAGAAAAUCAAGAAAAAAACUUUUACUCCUUUAUAAAACACGUAGAGACUAGAGAGUCUCCACAGAUACAUAACCAAGAGGGCUAGUCUAUAAUAGUAUAAUCUCUCGCAUAAUAAGAAGAUGGCCAACCCCAACAACGACUGGUCUCAAUUCUACAACAAACAAACCUUCUUCCCCACCACAAGCACCACCACGACCACCGCUUCCACGUCAGCUGAUUCUUCCGUUAACCCUGAAAGCCGCCGUGUUUCAAAGCCAACUCGUCGGAGGUCUAGAGCCUCCCGCCGUACACCCACUACACUUCUCAACACCGACACAGCUAACUUCAGAGCCAUGGUCCAACAAUUCACCGGCGGUCCAUCCGCCAUGGCUUUCGGUUCACCGUCAUCUGGUUUUAGCCUCACCUCGUCGGGACCCACAGCCGGAGCUUCUUCGGUCGGCUAUCAGUACGCUAAUUUCCAGAACCAAGUUGCUCAUCACGAAGUAUUGCAACAACAACGACAGUCCAUGGUCUCGUCAUCAAACCACGUGAGUACUCAUCUUAGCUAUCCUAACACAGUGGUUUCCGAUGGUUUUCUGGCGGUGGAUGAAAGUAGAGACGGUGGAAGAGGAGGAGGCUAUGCUCCGUCAUCGGAGAUGAAUAGCAAUAGUACUACUUCAUGGUUGCAAUGAGGAUCGGUGGAUCAUUCUAUAUAUUUUAUUUCUGUAACUUAUUUUCUGAGGAAAAUAAACAUAAAAGGAAGAAAUGUUAGGUACUGACUUUGUUUGUAGCAGAAUGAAAACUUUGACUAUCGUAAUUUUUGUUUAAGUUGUGUUUUUCUUUAGGAUUUCUCUUUUAAUCACUUUGUGAACGCAUACAUAGAUUGAAUAAAUUAAAUUUUCAUU